AUGACUCUGGACUUAUAUGAAAUCUUAGAAGUUGAUGUAAGUGCAACGAACGCAGAAAUCAAGAAAGCGUAUAGAAAGUUAGCAUUAAAGUACCAUCCAGAUAAGGCUACUGAGGACGACAGGGAGCAAUCUGAAACAAGAUUUAAAGAAAUAUCUCAUGCUUAUGAAGUAUUGAUAGAUGAAACUAGACGUCAAGAGUACGAUACGUACGGAACUACUGAUGGUAGGAGAACUGGAGGAGAAGGAUUCGAUUAUAAUGGUAACCCAUUCGAAGACUUUUACGGUGGAGCACAACAAGAUUUUUCUGCCAAUGAUUUCUACAAUUUCUUCAAUAAUAUGGGAGGAGCAGGUGGUCCACCUGGCGGCGCAGGAAGAAGUAGAUCGAAACCUCGCACAAAGGAUGCGGAAUUAGAAGUUGAUGUAACACUUGAAGAUUUAUUUAAGGGGAAGGUAAUUAGAACUACUUCAACGAGAGAUAUAGUUUGUACCCAUUGUAAAGGUAGUGGGGCUAAAAAGAAUGCAGCCAUGAAGAAGUGUGGAGUUUGUGAAGGUGAGGGUUCAGUUCGUAAGAUCCGUAGGGUUGGUCCUGGAUUAGUCACUCAAGACUAUAUUGAAUGUGAAACUUGUCACGGAGUGGGUAAAAUUUACCGCUCUAAGGAUAAAUGUAAAAAAUGUCUCGGUAAAAGAGUUGUAGAUGAAACCAAGAUAUUGGAAUUUGAAAUAUUGAAAGGUUCUAAGAGUGGUGAAUCGAUAGUUUUGACGAAAGAAUCAGACGAAUACCCUGGAAAGGAAACUGGUGAUGUUGUAAUGACAUUUCACUGUAAAGAGCAUGUUGUUUUCACUAGGAAGGGUGAUGAUUUAUUUGCAAAGUAUAAAAUUCCAUUAGUUGAUUCAUUAUGUGGAUUUUCCAAGGUCCUAGUUAAACAUUUAGAUGGCAGGGGUAUACAAGUUUCUACACCUAAAGGUAAGGUCAUAAGACCAGGCGAUUAUAUCAAAAUUAAAAAUGAAGGUAUGCCUGUGAAACAUGAUCCGAAGAAGAACAGCUGGUUCAGCUCCUCUGCUGGUAAAAGGGGUGAUUUAUAUAUCGAAGUCGAUAUCGAAUUCCCUCCGGAUAAUUGGUAUUUAGAGAAGAAUGAUAUACUAAAGGCUAAAAAUUUAUUGCCUAACGAUUUACAAAACAAGAGGGAUACGGAGAAGCAAACGAUCGACGAAAGCUCAUUACCUGAGGCCAAUAUUGAAUUGAUCACUGAUUUUACAAUUUCUCGUGAAAAUGCAUUACCUGAUUAUGCUGAAGAUAGACCUGAAGAGGAUACUCAUGAAGAAUACUAUGGCACCCAUGAUGAUUUUGGUGGUGCCCAACCAGAAUGCUCUCAACAAUAG